AUGCACAACCUUGAAUUCAAGAUGAUCAAUCCUGACCAUUCUUUCACUUUUGUCAACUUGGCGUCGAAGAGCUUCGACCUUGUCGAACAGUCGCUCCCUACUGCACCUGAUGUGCGGAUGAUUCAGGAGCUACCUGAUUCCACAGUCUUAACAAGAGGCGGAGAGGCAAUCAUGUCAUGGACGAAAGGAUGCUAUUUUGGGAAGAGCGGCCGUGACGACGUUAUGCUCUGCUGGCAAGAGAUGGAGGCAUUGCAAUCGUUCUGCAUCGGCAUUGAGUCUCCUGAGAGGGGCUUUUUCAAGCCCAUUCGGUCACAUUACAAGAUCAAGUACAACGACGGAAAGGAAAGCAAGAAUUGGUUCUUCCCUUCCGAUAACCCUGGAGAUCCAUACACGUUCCCAAACACGAUGGACGUCAACAUCGUGGUCACAAGUCAUUCUGUAAAGGAUCGGCUGGAACUUGAGAUCAUGAUUAAGGAUAAGAGUCCAUCAGAUCUCAGACAGUAA